GCUGGCUCUGUUUCCGCAGGCGUUGUGCGGCCGCGAGGGCCUCGGCUGAGGCGUGUCCGGCCUCUGGAAAAGAUGAAUUCCAGCUUCGACGCGGUGGGCGUAGUGUUGCUCCUGGGGGUUUCCACAGAAGGCCAAAAUAAAAGCCCUGUGACUGUGGAGAGAAGAGUGAAGUGCUGUGUGUGCUGAGCUGUGUCCGUCCGCUCUUACUAGCUGUGGCUCGGAAUGCCGGGUCUAAGCUGUAGAUUCUACCAACAUAAAUUCCCUGAGGUGGAAGAUGUAGUGAUGGUCAAUGUUCGGUCCAUUGCUGAAAUGGGAGCCUAUGUCAGCCUGCUGGAGUACAACAACAUCGAAGGCAUGAUCCUCCUCAGUGAGCUGUCCAGGAGACGUAUUCGUUCCAUCAACAAACUCAUCCGGAUUGGCAGGAAUGAAUGUGUUGUGGUCAUAAGAGUGGACAAAGAAAAAGGUUAUAUUGAUUUGUCAAAAAGAAGAGUUUCUCCAGAGGAGGCAAUCAAAUGUGAAGACAAAUUCACAAAAUCAAAGACUGUUUACAGCAUCCUUCGCCAUGUUGCUGAAGUCUUGGAGUACACUAAGGAUGAGCAGCUUGAGAGCCUGUUCCAGAGAACUGCCUGGGUGUUUGAUGACAAGUACAAAAGACCUGGAUAUGGUGCUUAUGAUGCAUUCAAGCAUGCAGUCUCAGACCCUGCAAUCCUGGACAGCCUGGAUCUAACAGAGGAAGAGAGGCGUGUAUUGAUUGACAAUAUUAACAGACGUCUGACACCACAGGCAGUCAAAAUCAGAGCUGAUAUUGAGGUGGCCUGUUAUGGUUACGAAGGCAUAGAUGCAGUAAAAGAAGCUUUGAGAGCAGGCUUGAACUGUUCCACAGAGAAUAUGCCCAUCAAAAUAAAUCUGAUAGCCCCUCCUCGUUAUGUGAUGACUACUACAACACUGGAGAGAACUGAAGGACUGUCUGUUCUGAAUCAAGCCAUGGCUGUAAUUAAAGAAAAAAUUGAGGAGAAGAGAGGAGUCUUUAAUGUGCAGAUGGAGCCUAAGGUGGUCACUGACACAGAUGAGACUGAGCUUGCAAGGCAGUUGGAAAGACUGGAGAGGGAAAAUGCUGAAGUGGAUGGGGAUGAUGAUGCUGAGGAAAUGGAAGCCAAAACAGAAGACUAAAUGUUCCAUAACUUAGAAGAGAGACCAUAUGAAAAAUUAGAAACCCCAUUGCAAACACUCUGGACUAAAUGAUUCCUGUAUUGGAAACUUCAAAUAUUUCAAGUGUUUUCCUGUUUUAAAAAGACCAAAAUAUAAAAGGCUCUUCUAAAUAACAGUUGGUGCAGCAACUUACACAAAUUGAACCCUUUGAAAGGAGGGUGCCUAGUCAAAUUCAAGACACAGAUCUGGCCAGACGGAGUUUGCAGCCCCAUACUUAACACUUUCGUACAUAACAAUUCCUAAUUGGUGAUUACAGCUCAGUGCAUCUGUUCAUGAUCUUUCCUGGGAGCAGCAAAACCAUGCAAGUGGAACAGUUCUAUACAGAAUGUAUUUGAGCAAAUAUUCAAUAAAUUUCUGGGCUAUGUAA